UGGGGCGUUUCAAUUCGAGUGGCUUCACAUUCGUCAGUAAAUAGUUAGUGAUACUGAGAGCGCCAACUUCAAAAUUGAUUCUGUGACAUAAACUAUCCAGUGUAUUUCUUUCUGGGUCUUGUGUUAACUUUAGACAUGGGAUACAAGUGAGUUAUGUGACACUUCUGUGUUUUAACCAAUUUGUGUUUUCUCUAUAAACUGACGGUGACGGUCAUCAUGAGACUCCUCAUCUUAUUGGGUCUAUUGUUUGGUGUUCUGUACUCGCUACAUCUCCUAGCCAAAGACUACCAAGCAUUGACUGCAGCCAGCAAAAUUCUAAAGUUUCUCUUCAAACGAGAUGUCAGCUCGCAAAACUACACAUUAAAACCUAACGUGCGAUGGAGAAAGAUAUUGUUAUACGACGCGACACAAUGUGCCCGAUUUUUUUACUGCAGCCUUGGAGCAGACACAAUGGACGCAGAACUAAGGGGGUUCACCUUUAUGCUCACAUUAGAACCUCGGGAAGAAGACAAGUCAGCUCUAGAAAUAAUGAAGCGAGCUCAUGAAAUCGGAAGUGCGUCCGGUGAACCUGCGUGCAAAUACCACUAUCCUAUUUGUCCAGUCAGCAAACAUAUGUUAUUUGAACUUGUUAAAUAUCUUGUAAGACAUGAAAAGUGAACUAUUUAUAAUUAAAAAUUUGAUAGUGUGUUUAUAGUCAUAGCAAAACCCUUAAUUGCCUAUAAUAAGUGUUGAUUAAUGAUUGUUAUCUUGGUAAGAACGACAUUAGGUUAUAAUUUGUGGCAAAAAUGUUGGUCCAUAAAAUUUUAAGUUACUAUUUGUUAUCGAAAACCACAUAACAAAAAAUACUCUUUGCGAAUUUACGAUUUUACUGUUCUUCGAACUUCAAAGAUUUUCGCACUCACACAUCAAUCUCCUCAAAACUGCAAAUUGACCGCUAUUACCGUGGCAUAUACAGACUUGCAGGGCAAUUUGAUGGUCGACUGUACAUCACAAUUUCUAUACUAAAAAAUGUAUAUAAAAACUAUGAAAUAUAUGUGCAUCUUUAAUCUAUGAUUUAAGAAUUGGCGUGCACGCACAUAUUAUUUUCCUUCUGUGAUCUACAAUCAAGAGGAAACAAACAUAGCGUUACGAGGCGUGCGCCAUAGAUGAACCGCCACUAUCGAUACCACAGAUUCAUGUAGGAAAAUUAUAAUAAUAUAGAUAUGGCAUUGUUAAUCUGUAUCGGAAAGCGUAAUGCCAGGUUGAGGCUUGCACACACAAACGAUCACAAAUAGGUACAGUCAACAACACAUUAUGUUACCCUGAACCUCUAUGUGGCGCGGUAAUAGCGGUAAGUUUGCAAUGAAUUUGGGCAGGUUGAUGAGCUGUUGUCUGUACAACUUUACAGAAAUCAGAAUAUUUUUUUAAUUCUUGUAGUAAUAUUCUUGUUUUUUAGUGCUUAUAUAGCAUAUAAAGAAUAAGAAAGAUAUCGUUUUAAAAAAAUAAUACAUGUUUUUUUAUUUCUAAAAGGUUAUGAUGUUCUUUCUUUAUUUAAAUCCACGUUACUUUGAACCGGUAUAAAAAAAUAACAUCGUACUUAUUAUAAUAUGUAGCUAACGAGACUAUUACACAGACCGAAUUGUGUAAAAGUAUUUUCUUAUUUUUGUUUAUUAAUUUUGACAACCUAAGAUUUUAUGUAGAUAAUUUUUAUAAAAAUGUUCUGUUAAGAUUUAUUUUCUUGUCGGAAACUUUGACAUUAUGAUUCCUGAUUCUCAUACAUUUUCCAUAAGUUUUACUUAUUGGUUCAGUAACAACACAGACUGAAGUGGUCGAUUAGGAAGUUAUAUGUUCAAUAUACUAAAUUAGCAGCCAAGUUUACUCAGCAUAACAUAUGUAGACUGCUGGAAGACCGAAUCAUAACUGCCAAUCGGAACAAUUUCAUUAUGUAAUUUCAUAAAGAGCCUCUAGUUAUUGUUCAUAUCUAUUGCGACAAGGGCUGACAAUAUGUAGAUUUUAUUGAUAAAGGUUAGUUACCACUAGUUACCAACGCCAUAGGUACCUAUUUUCUUUUAUAAGAGAACGAAUAUGUGGUUCUACUGUAGCUUUAUGAUAUAAAAUACAUACCCGUAUAUGUACAUGCAUAUGUUAUUACACAGGAUAUUUUUAAAAUAACUAGUUAUGAAUGAUGAAACGUGAAUUUUUUUCGUAUUUCUUUCAUUGUUUCUUUUGAAUAUUAUCGUAUUCCAUGUUAUUUGAGAAGAUGAGAAAAAGUUUCCCUGUACAACUGCAUCAAUUUUAAAUAUAAAAAAGAUAUAUGAACUAGGAGAAUCAUUAACAUAAUAAUUGAUAUGACAUGAGAAAAGUUUCUUUAAUUUUAUUUAUACAAUCAUAUUUAUUUUUGCUGCCAUAUUAUUAGGAUUUAGUAUCAAUCACAUGUUAGUGUGAUGAAAAUAUUUUAUAGUUAUGCAGGUCCUGCUACAGUAAUGAAUAUGCAGUAAGGAAUAUGCAUGAAACAAUGUAGUAUUAUGUAUAUAUUUUUUACUAAUAACUAGGUACGUAAAAAAAAAUUCUGUACUUCAGAUUUAAUUUAAGUAUUUAAGUAAUUGGCCUUUUGAAGAAUUUCAAUAUUUGUUUGCGUGUUUUUUUUAUUAUGAUUAUAUUUAUUUUGUUUUUCCCCAUAAUAACGAUUGUACUGAGACAAAAAUUUACAACGACUGUGCAAACUAUGCGUCACUUAGUAUUGUUGAUUUAUUAUUAUACCUAUAUAUCGAUUGGCAGCAAAAGCGCAAACUCUUGAUGAUCAUAACUAAAAAUAUAGGUAAUAUGUACCUAUACUUUUAUUAUCCCUUAUUUAUCCCUGACUUUACGUAGAUCCUACCGUUGGACUAAAUACACCAAAGUAAGAUAGAAUACAUUCGAUAUUUUGUAAGAUAAUAAUAAAAAAAUA